GAUUAUCUUUUUGUUGUAAGGAUGUUGAUUAUAUUUUUCAAUAAUUUGCAUUUAUGAUUAUUUCUAUAAUGAUCUUACGACAAUAAUACAAAACUCGGAACCUAAGAUGAUACCUUGGAGAGAUUUUUUAUCAAUACAGACAGUGUAACAAAAAGUAGAUAAUGUUAUAAAUAAAGUAUAAUUCAAGCAGUUAUUCAGUUUGAAAUGUCAUCAAGUAUGGGUGCGUGAAAUGGUGUUGAUAGUAUUCUACUCCAAUCCAGCUAAUGAACAUUAUUGUGAAUUAAAGUGAAAUGAAUAAAUUAUUAAUGAAUAUUUAGAUUUUGGCCUUUAGAUUUCCGUUGUAUACAGAUACAUAGUUUAAGUGAUUGUGAUAAUGUGAAGAACGUAUCUAAAAUCUAUAUUGUAUCAAUAUAUGAUAAAAAUGAACGAAAAUACAACAACAGUCGAAGAUUUCCGUGAUGAAACCCUUGCAUUAUGGGAAAUUAUAAUCCUAAGUGUUAUUUUUUUUAUUACAAUUACUGGAAAUUGCCUUAUUUUUUUAGCUCUUUAUCUACGCCGAUAUCGUGGUCGUCAACGAAAAUUAACUCGGAUGUUUUUUUUUAUCAUGCAUUUAAGUAUUGCAGAUUUAAUUACUGGAUUAUUUAAUGUUCUUCCCCAAUUAGCAUGGGAUAUUACAUUUAGAUUUCAGGGUGGAUUUAUAUUGUGCAAAUUGGUGAAAUUUCUUCAACCUCUUGGAAAUUAUUUGAGUUCCUACAUAUUGACUGCAACUGCCAUUGAUCGAUAUCAUGCUAUUUGUCAUCCUUUUAGUUAUUGCCGUAAGUCUUCCUUGCAAUCUCGAUUUAUGGUUUACAGCGCUUGGUGUUUGUCAUUUGUGCUUUGUAUCCCUCAGACAAUUAUUUUUUCCUAUCAAGAAAUUUCUGUUGGAGUUUGGGAUUGUUGGGCUUCUUUCCAAUUACCUCAUGGUGAACGAAUUUAUGUUACAUGGUAUAGUUUUACAGUUUUUUUAAUACCUUUUGUAGUUCUUUUAUUUACCUAUAUAAGUAUUUUAAUUGAAAUUAAAAAGAAUACUGAAAAAACAUCAUUUGAAAAUAAUUACAAAACGAAUAAUUUACAAAAGAUAAAUUUAAAUAAAAAUCAGCCAUUGAUAUCAAAGGCUAAAAUAAAAACAAUUAAACAAAUGGUUAUUGUCGUUAGUUUUUAUGUCAUUACAAGCAGUCCAUUUAUUGGAUGCCAAUUAUGGGCAACUUGGGAUUCAGCAGCUACCGAUAAUUCAAGUUUUUUGACAGGUCCAACAUUUACAAUUCUUUCAUUGAUGAGUAGUCUUACAAGUUGUGUAAAUCCUUGGAUUUAUUUGGCAUUCAAUCAAGAACUGAGAUUAAUUGUUAUCAAGUUUUUUAAACGAUAUAUUUUUUUCCAAAAAAAUUUCAAAAAUUUCGAGCGAGAAGUAUCAUGUGAAAGUUCGAAUAUUCCGUCGAGUACAAGAACUUCAUUUGUUGGAAUUAUGUUUCGUUGUGCCGGGUCAAUAAUUUAUCGAAAUCCAUUUCAUGAUCGUACAACUGAUUUUACAAUAGAUAAAAUGUCAUUGAUUAGUGCUUCUAUUCAUCCAAAAAGAAGAAGUUUAUUGUGUGCAAUAUGUAUUCCAACUUUUAUGCUCGAUCUGGAUGACGAGCCUGACAACAAAUACUUAUGUUAAUGAAGUGGCUAGAGAUAUAGCGU